AUGCGAGGCAAGACCGCCAAGGACAGGACAGGCGCAAACGACAUUCUCCAGGCGGGCCACGUGAGUCUCGUCAACGCUGGUUUGAUCAUGCCGGUCAUUGCCCAUAUUCCUCCACCCACACCACCCGCGCGUGGGAUGCACCACGGACGCGCUCGACUUGGCAACGAGCACGAGUGUACCGAGCGUGCGAAGUAUGCGGCCUCGGCAAGCGAGUUUUUGAACGUUGUCGAGAGCUAUUGCGCUGACACGUACGACAUUUCUACGCGAUUUGUGCGCCUCCGCGUUUCGGGAAGCGCUGGCGUGGCUUAA